GAUGUAACUUAACACGGGCUUCUGUGUAAGCUGAGGCUAAACAAACACAGAUGGAUUGCCGAAUGCGUUCGUGAAAAAAAAUGUUGGCAGGGCAGAGGAAGGGGACUUGAGAUGACAUUCUCGCAUCACUAGAGGCAUUGCUACAGAGCUGUUGCUAUAGCUGCCGAGAGGGAGGGUUAACACACACACACACACAGACAGGAGUAAGGGGCUGAACACCUCCCGGCAGAUCAUUCAAUUAUAAGAAAAUCUCAGAUGUCUUGGUGAUAAUGAGGACCUCGGAGAGCCUGAAUGAAGCAGAGUGGAAGAGACUGUGCACGAUAAAGCGGCUGAAACGGAAGAACCGGGAUGUUAGCAGGCAAGGGGGGAUCCUGGAGAAAGUUUACGGAGGUGAGGAGGGAAGACUCGGGGAUGCUUUGAUCGCCCGCCUGAGCGACAGCACCGACACUUUGCAAGCAGCGGCCGUCAGCUCCGCGGGUGCUGAGUUACUGGGGCUGAGCCGGAUUGUGAGCCCAGCCUGUGUGCCCGCUACUACCGCCGCUGUCGGCGUAGGACGGCGGCACGACGAGGAGCUCAGCCCAAAGUCCGCCGCUCCGGCACGGAGGAAAUUCCCUCGCCCUCCCACGUCCCAAGCGGGCGCCACCGAGCCCCGGGCGUUCACCGGGCAGCCGAGCCUGCAACCCCGCGUCCUGCUGUGCCAGCGCCCCGCCGACGGCUGCUACUCGAGCCUCCCGCCCGCAGCUUACAGCCCGUCGCCUCGGAAGCGGCUGGGAGAGCCGUCCGGCGCCUCCACCGAGAUCAAAGCCAUCCAACAGACCCGCAGGCUGCUGGCCAACGCCAGGGAGAGGACCAGGGUCCACACUAUCAGCGCUGCCUUCGAAGCUCUGAGGAAACAGGUUCCUUGCUAUUCAUAUGGACAGAAACUGUCGAAGUUGGCGAUCCUGAGGAUAGCGUGUAAUUACAUCCUGUCCUUGGCCAGGCUGAAUGACCUCGAUUACAGCUCCGAUCACAGCAACAUGAGCUUUUCCGAGUGUGUGGAGCAAUGCACCAAGACGUUGCAGGCAGAGGGCAGAUCAAAAAAGAGGAAGGAAUGAUCCGGGGAAGGAGCGACAUAUCACAGGAACAUCACACAGUGAACUGGUGUCUAGCCAACACUGACAGGGGAAGCAGACGCAUAAGACAUUGAAGACCAGAUAUAGGAUUGCAGGAGACGUUCCACGGAAGAGAGGCUAAUGCAAAAGAAAUGAUGUUGCCGAUUUGGGGAAAUCAAAAUGAAGCCACUUUUAUUGUGAAUACACUAUCAACCUUUAAGAACAGUCAAAUCUCUAGAUGUGCAAUCUGCUCAGCAUUUUCUCUUUUUGCUUUGAAGAAGGAAGAUGUUGUUUUGAGCCGCCACUGACAGCACAGAGAACAAGAUAAAGAGGAAUCAUGCAAUUUGAACAUUGAUAGUUUUGUUUUGAAAGUUAGGAGAGUUAAAAAUCAAGCCUCUGGGACAGAUUUAGCUAUGAACACAUGUUAGCCCACUGGGUACAAUGUAAUGCAUUUUGUUUUUGUGACUGGUUAACAAGGAUUUAUGAUGCUGUAGAGGAGUUUGUAACAAUCAUCUGCGUGCCAGGAUUAAUUGCAUAUUUUUGAUACUGUAAAUCUGAAUACUUUGCUGUAAAAAGAGUUGGCUUAAUUUGAUGAAUCAAGCUAAAAACUAGUGCUAGUUAUUUCAAAAACUCCAGUAUUUUCAGUCAGUUGGUUGUAAUGCCGAUGACCCUACAUGUGAUCUCGUGUAUUUUCAGCUGUUUUCUGAUUGUGUACUAGCAAGAAUUCCCCUGAUGAUAGCAAUUUACAGCGGGGUGUCCUUAGAAACAAGUGGUCAGACAAUCAGAAAGCGCACUGAUAUGACAUGCACUUUAUGAUCUAUGUAAUCACACUGUUCCUUGUAUUAUUGUCAGGUCAUAUUAAUCACUAGCAUUAAUGUACAAAUGUUUGUAAAGGUACUUGAGACUUUGGAUGGUUUUUGGAAGUCAGUUAUUGUGUUGUGAGGAAGUCAGGGUGCAAAUAGUUCCAAAUAUGUUUCUUUGAAUUUCUUUUCAGAAGCAUUGGCUGUAUAGAUGAGAGUGUUCCCUAGGCUCAGUCAUCUCAGACAAGGAUGCAUUUGGUCUAUGUUUGUUUGAGGUGCAUUGUCUAGAGUGCCCAUUUCUAAUUGACAUCCAUAGCCUAAUCCAUCCUUGUUGGAAGUACACAUGUAUGGAAAUCACAUGAGGUGGAGGAUUGGGUUUGGUUCUGAUGCCAAUGGUUAAAUGAGCUAUCAUGAAUGGUGAACACUUGGACUCGUGGUCACCUAGCCAAGGCACUAAAUGGGACCUGGCAACUGUAAAACCAGUCAGCACCAUCAUAGAGAAAGAUAUGAGUAGAUCACUGAUCAAGGGGAGUGUCAGGGGUUAAGACCAUAAGACAUAGGAGCAGAAAAAUUAGGCCAUUCGAUCCAUCAAGUCUGCUCCGUCAUUUGAUCAUGGCU